CGGUCGAACCGAACAGACGGUCUUGCUCUGGAACAAAAAGUCCUGUGGAAAUUCCUUUGUUGGGUCGUUCUUUCGGGGGUUGAAAUUGUAACCGUUGUUUGUGAUUUGGUGAUUCAGAAAUGUUUUUGGGUUGAAUUUUUGUUCCGGAUUGGUUUUCCGCGCACGGACGGAAAUUUAAUAUAACACGCUCACUGUGUGAGAAGAGUGCAAAACAAAUUGCACAAAUUGCCGAGAUUAAAAACAAACAAUCCAGUGGAUGCACGUGGAUGCCGGCGAAUUAACGCAGCUCGCAGAGGAGAUGCACCACAGCUGCAGCCUGCAGGUCGGGAAAGAAGCGUUGUUGACGGUUAAAAUAAAUCACGCAGAGCAGAGCAAAGAGUUUCCAGCGAUUUCCGCGAGUCAGUGCUGAGUGACGGUGGCCAAGUGUUGUCGUCGCCUAGCAGAGGCAAGCAAGUGAAAAGUGGUGGAAAUAAAAUUAAACCCAAAUAUAAUAUACAAAAAGGAAAAGUGUUGUUUGUAGCCGCAAGAGGGAAGGUGUGGGGUGUGUUUUAAAGCAAAUUAAAAUCAGGUCGUUCGUGAUGUGGGUUCGUUUAUUUGUUCUAGAGUGUCCGUCGAACGGAUGCGAGUGAGUGGUGGAAGUGACUAAGACGACGACAAGAAAAUCUGGAUAAUUUUUGCUCUCUUCGUAACGUGGUCAUGGCGUGGAAAAGCAAAAACUUUGAGAUGAAAUAAAUGUUUCAAAAUGAUGUUAAAGACCUCAUAACAAACAUUUAUCUUUUGAAAUGUCAAAACAAUACACGCCAAUCCAACGAUGGACGCAAUAAGCAAACCUUAUUGCUCCAAAUAAAGCCAAAUUCAUCGGAAAUACCUUGCUCAGCUCAUAGCUCCGAGCGGUCACCAUCCUACCUAUAGAAUUGGCUCUUCCUGUGUGUCGUCGAUCCGGUUUCAGGUGAACCGUCUUCCACCCGAGAUGGCCAUCCUUCAUUCGUGCUGCCUGUGGCGGACGGUGCGCAAAGGAAGCUACGCCAGCGUUAUCUACACAUUCUUUUACUUCGGCAUCUCGUGCAUAACUCUUUCGGUGUUUGCCCACGACGAACGCAAAUUCCUCAAAGGUGAAGUCGACAGGCCCAGCGGGGAAAGUUUCCUGGAAAAGGAAAGCAUAUCAACAGUCACUGUGAUAUUCAACAUGUUGCUGCUGGCGUUCGCAAGCCUGGGCGUGCUGUCAUCGCUGCUGGUGAUAGUUGGGCUGAGGAUGAACAUGCGGGCGUUCCUCCUGCCGUGGAUCUUCGUGAUGAUUGCCGACCUGCUGGUGGAGUGUGCUCACUUUGUCUAUCUGAGCGCUAGUCAAGCGUUGCAGUUCGAGCCCGUCACUGCGAUGCUGUUCACGGUGGACUUUUUCAUUAUGUGUCUUAAUAUUUAUUGCCUCCUGUGUGUGAUAUCGCAGUACCAGGAGUACAAGGCCGGCCGGGGAGGAGCCGAUGACGACUCGUACAUCAGUUCGGUCAACAUCCAGUACAGUCCUCCGGCGGCCACUUGCCUGCCCCCGGGGAAAUCAAUACUGAGCCCGAUGAUGUGUCCGCACACCAACUGCACUCUGAUUCCGGAGGAGACGCAAAUUAAUGGAUCCGCUCUCGGAGUGGCGCCCACGAUGACCCAACAGGUCAAGUCCCCGUCGACGUUUGGCCGGCAAAACUCGUUGCUGCUGAAAAAGCACGACAAGUUCAACCACGGCGACAAGGCCAAAGUCGUCUGCUGCAGCGGAGUCAUCCACCCGGAGAACAUCCUACCGGCGAAGACGGAAAAUGGCGCUCACCGAAUUAACAACGGACAUCACAACCACAUGAUUGAGGCGUUGCCAGAGUACAGCGAGGAAAUUUUGUCCUGGAAGGAGCAACAGCAGCAGCAGCAGCAGCAGAAAACGGCCAAACAUUAUAAUCUCCCGGAAAAGUAGGAUAAAUGGAUCUCCCGCUAAAAUUGUGAGGCGCACAAAAAAAAUGAAACUCCGACGGUAAAAACAUGGCGAAGUUUUAAUCACCGGUGAGUCCCCCGGCGGCGGGUUGGACAAUUUUGACGACGGGGGUUGCAACACGGCAAUUUAUGAGUGCUGGAUGGCGAUUUUUCAUCGUUUUUUUGAGAGAAAUUGAGAACAUCGUGGGGAUCAACCGGACAUUGCAAACGAUUUAUAACUCGAAGGCAAACUGAUACAAACUCAGUUUGCGAACAAGCUUUUCCUAUACUCCUAUAACGAAGCUGGAAAUCUCGGACUAGACUUUUAGUAGAUAACAGUCUAUAAUCUAUAAUUCACAUUAAAAUUGGUCAUUACACCUCAAUUAAUUGAAAAACAUAAUUGUUUUUAGGUUAUUAUGAAAUAUUUUAAAACGAACAUCUGAUUUUUUUUAGAUUUUGUAUUUAUUCGAUUGUGAUGAAAUUUGCAAUUAUUCCCUAUGUCAAAAAUGCCAUCUUGCAUAAUUUGUUUUUCCAUGUUCAAAAUACGAGAAAAUUCACUACAAGACUCAGUAGAUCAAACUACUAGUUGGCACCAAAUUAGACCUAAAUUUUUAUUUGCUGCUCAAUUCAAUUUCACAAUAUUCCGAAACGAGUAAGGACAACUUUUGAAGAUUUUAAGUAAUUUGAGGUGGAAUGACUAAAACGUGAUUAAGUUUUACUUCCCGAAAGCAAAAAAGCGAUCCCUUUCACAGACAUCCCUGACGGUUAUCGUGAUGUGAGACAAGUGUAAUUGAAGGCCAACCAAAGUUUGCACUCACUUAUAUUUCCCCCUCUUUUUUGCUGUAAUUAGUGUAAGCCAACGCGUAAGAUCCUUAAUUAAGAUUAGAGAGCGAGGAUUGACAGGGAGGGAACGCGAGACGAUAAACAACUUUUAUUUAUUUUUUUUGCUCGAAUCAAAAUCAUACCAAAGGAUAAACUCGGAAGGACUCUCGGCGGGGAUGAUGAUGGAGCCAACUGAAGAUGAAAGAGUACUUAGCGGGGACGACCGACCGACCGACGUAGGCAUGUCGAUGGCAUCUGGUGUCCUUUGCGAGUCAAGUGCAGCGCCUUAAUUUGCACGAGUGUCUCCCCUUUCCCUAACAGGUAAUGAUGAAGGUAAAAGUGAAGGCCAUGGACAGCAUGUUUUUUUCUGCAAAUUUUGCAAAAUUGAAUAAACACGCCACGGUCACAUUAAGAUAAGUAUCGAAUCAAACUUUAUUAAUACUCACAGGACGUCGGAAGCCUUACAGGCCAUUUGGGCCUCUAAAACAAGCUAGGAAAAUGAGGAAAAGUCAAGUUUUAGGGUGGAAAGUGGAAUGCCAGCGUGAUCAAAAAUCUCUUAAAACAUGAACAUGAUUUAUCUGUCCUAUCAUACCACAAUUAUUUCACUACUAAUAAAAACUAAACUAUCUCUCAUAAACCAUUGUAUUGGAUGGCAAAGAAACAAAUUCGAAAAAAAUGCUAGUAAGAAUGUGUACAAAUCGAAACAACGGAAAAACAAAACUGCAGUCGGUUUUCAAUCGGUGCCGUGAACCAACAAAGAGAAGGAAGAAGUUUUUAAAGUGUGAUAAUAAACGGAUUUAACCUGUAAGGAUAGUGUAACGAUGGAGGAAAUAUAUUUGUAAUUAAUUGCCA